GAGAGUGACACAACAGAAGUUUAUUUAUUUAUUGUGGUUUGUGGCCCUAAAUUUAUUGUUAAAAAAAAUCCGAUAAAUACAAUUCCUAACUAAGAGCACAGACCAAGAGCAUUGGUAAUAUGUGCUAGAAGCAUAAAUGAAGAACCAGUUAGAAUUAGACUAGAAGCAAAAUUUUCUUCUUUGUUGCAAAUAUAUCUAGAGGUUAAGAGGUUUGAACCAGAUAUUUUAGUAAUUCUAGUUAGCAACAACGCAUAAAUUAGACCUCUUUGGAACAUAAAAUCCUAACACCAGCUAACACUAGUACUAGUGGCUGCCUAUAACUAGAAUGCUAUGAUAAACCCAGCUGACCAAACAAUUUGCUCAGCUAUCUGAGGAUACUUGUAGGUACUUUAGUGUCUAUCAUUAAGUCCAAAGUACAGAGUAACUUCAAAAGUAGGUGUGUUCUAUGACACCAAGUCAAAUAAUUUUUGUUUACAGUGUACCCGAUUGAAUUUCUACUGCUGUUUUAUUACUUCCGAUUCUCUAUUCCAAAGAUAGUAAAGUAUUUGGUUUAUUAAGUGAUAUAGGAAUGUAUAUAUAAUUUUACGGAAAUGAGUAAAUUAAAUUUAAAUGCCUCUGCUCAGAUAAGAGCUUAUUAUACAGGAAAAUGUGAUUUUCGUGUUACUAUUCCAUUGAAAGUGGAUAACGAAAUUAGCGACACCCAAAUUACAGUGUUUUCUGAUAUAACAGAUCCUUUGUCGAUAUUUAUAAAAAAGAUACAAAAGAAAAUCCUUGAUCAUAUGGGUAAGAAUGUUAAAGAAAAUAAGAACAAUGGAACAGAAAAUUGCAUUACGAAAACUGAUGAUGAAUUAGCAUUAAGAUUGAGUGAAAUACCAGUCAGUUUUAUUAGACAUGCUGUAGAUGCAAAAAAGUAUAAGCCUGGUAUGAUCCUAAAUCAAUUGAUAGAAAACAUAACAAAACAUAAUCAUGAAGUGUAUGUGCAACUUUUUGAAGAGAAAUAUAAAAUAAUGGUAAAUGCACCUUUGGUACAUAACAUACAAUUACCAUCAGCUAUUUUUGUGAACUUUGGUGUAGAACCUGUCAAGUUUCAUCCUCUCUUUACCAAUAUGAAAGAGUCAAAGUUUUUUUGGUAUAAGUCAAUAGACAAAAAACAAUGGAUAAAAGUAGGGGAUACAAUACAAUACGAUGUAAAAGAGAAUGAUCUAAAUCAUUAUUUAAAAUUCUAUUGUAAAUUGUAUAGUUUAAAUAUGUUGCAUAUACUUGAAUUAGAGAGUAUUUCAGAAAAUCCAGUCGAUACAUUGCCACCUUUUCCAUCAUGUCCAUUUGAAAAGAGACAUUGUUUAACAACAAGGGAACUCAGUAGAAAGCGUUUUAGAGUUGUUUCAUAUAAUAUUCUCGCAGACAGAUAUGUGGGCAACAAUCAGUUUGAAUACUGCCCUCCACAUGUUUUAAACAUUCAUUAUCGAAAACAUUUAACUAUUAAGGAAUUGAAAGGAUAUAAAGCCGAUAUUAUUGUUCUCCAAGAGGUCGAUAAUCAAUAUUAUUCAAGCUAUUAUAAGAACGAGUUUAACGAAAUGGGUUAUAAGAGUUUUUAUAAUAGGAAAGGUAACUGCAUUCCCGAAGGACUUUUAACUGCAUUUAAAAGAGAUAGAUAUAGACUUUUAGAAUUCAAACAUAUUGUAUUUACUAGAGAGCUUGAACGCAGGAAAGAAUUUUCUCAUAUAUGUCAAAUGCUGGACAAUAAUAGUGAGGUAAAAAAGGAGUUUAAAGCACAGAAUACUUCUCUUCAAGUCACAGUUUUAAUGGACCAGUCGACAAAGAAUGUAACUAUUAUUGGAAACACGCAUUUAUACUAUCACCCAAAUGCUGAUCACAUAAGACUGAUACAGGCUUUUAUGGCAACGACAUUUUUAAAUAAAAUAAAACAGAGACUACUUAGGGAACAUAAAAAUGUUGCAGUUAUAUUUUGUGGCGAUUUUAAUAGUCAUUUUGAAAAGUCUCUCUAUGGUUUUAUGACUCAAGGUACGAUAGAUCCACAACACAAUGAUUGUUUGAAAAUUUCCCCAUCAGGAGAUGCUGUAAUCUAUCACAAAUUCUUUUUGAAAAGUGCGAGUGGUACCCCUAAGUAUACCAAUUAUACCGACGAUUAUAAGGGCUGCUUAGAUUACAUUUUUAUAGAAACCAAUAAAUUGAAAGUUACUCAAAAUGUGCCGGUUACCAGUCCAGAAGAACUAGAAAAGUAUGAAGGGCUGCCAAACGAAUAUUUCCCAUCUGAUCAUUUAGCAUUGGUUGUUGAUUUAGAAAUGAAUUGAGAUAAUAGUAUAAUGUGAAAUAAUGAUAAUAAUUCCUAUGUCAGAUUUUAUAUUUAUUUCUUAUAUUAUUAUUUAUAUAUUUUAAGUUUAACCCAGGUGUAAAAUUCUUUGUUCAACCAAAUAUAGAAAUUGUAAUACAUUUUUAAA